GAAAGCAAAUAUUGCGCAUGCGCUAAUAGUGCCCAGCGCUGCCCGGAAGUUUGUGCGAACUCCUGUAAGAAUGGCAGGGUUAUUUUUCUGAACAUUUGAGUACUUAUUAACCCGACGUACUGAACAGCUUUACAGAGCUAUUCAGGAUGCCUGGUUUUGAGCUGGAGUUGGUGGAUGGUGAAGGAGGUCGGACCAUUGACCUGCCUUAUGGAGACACGGUCAUUGGGAGAGGACCAUAUUUAAGUGUGAGUGACAAACGUGUGUCCAGGAACCACGGGAUUCUGGAGAACAAUAAUGGCCAGCUUCGUCUCAGAUCUACUCAUGUGAAUCCCUGUUUCAUCCAAGCUUCUCUGGAGGAAGCCCCUCACCCCUUGGAAAAGGAUAAAUGGCAUUGCUUAAAAGAUGGAUCCAUCUUCUCCCUCCUGCCAGGAAAAUACAUUUAUAAAGUACAUUCUUCAAAGACUGAAGGCACACCGAGGAACAGCCAGGGUUUUGAGGAUGAGAUGGAAAUAGAGACGCAAAUUGAGCAGAACUCUAAAUUUUCUCGAUCAUGUGAAGAGAUGCUAGCGUGCACUCAACAAGCCAAGAACAGUCUGUCUCUCACUGCAACACAAACAGAGACAUACAUGCCAGACCCUUACUCCAGCAGCCAGGUUGGUGGUGAUCUUCCCAGUACAAGUAAAGCUGAUAAGCCAGACCCUUUAACACCUCAGAAAAAAAGAGUUCUUCCUGCCUGGAUGAUGAGCGUCACUCCUGUGACCCCAAACCCUUCAGUGACAAAAGCAACUAAGCGAGUUCCAUUGCAGCCUGCCCGAAACACAUCUUCAUCAAAACGCACAGCUGGACCCAAGCGAGCCCAGGGCAGACUAGAGGUCUCAUUGUCUGUAGAUGACGAUGAUGAAGAAGGUGAGGGGGUGGAGGAAGAGUGCAGUGAGGUAGAACAGAUGCCAAGAAAGAGAGCAAGGAGACUGACAAGUGACACAGAGGACAGCCAGGACCAAGCUUCCGAGCCUAAGACAAGCCAAGAGAGGUCAGUCAAAGAUAAAAAGGUUGAUGUACAAGAAAUAAAGAAAAAGAAGGAUGAAGAAAGAGAACAGAACAGAACAGAGAGCACUCUCAAGUCAAGAACUGGAAGCUCAGCUUCAGCAGUGGAAAGCUCGGACAACUCACAGGAGGAUAAGAAAUCUUCAGAGAACGGACAGCAGCCGGCAAUGAACACAAAGACCAAAGUUCAGCACAGGACACCAUGUCCAUAUGGUGCCUCUUGUUAUAGAAAAAAUCCGAUCCAUUUUCAGGAGUGUAGUCACCCAGAAGAUGAUGACUAUGAGGAAGAACAGAAUGACAAUGACAAAGAUGAUGAUCAGCCAGAGUGCCCCUAUGGUACUGAUUGCUACAGGAAGAAUCCUCUACACAAAAAAGAGUACAAACACACCAAACCUCCAGCAAACAAGCCUCCACCAGACGACAACGAUGAAGAAGAUGAAGACCGUUAUGAGGACAGCUUCAUUUAUGACAACAGUGAGGAAGAAGAGGUGGACGAAGACUCUGAGUAUGUGCCGGAGUCGGAGGAUAGUGAGAAGGAAGACAUUAAACUGCUGCAGAAAGAAGCAAAAGCUUUUCAGAAGAGAAAGAAAUAACGAUGUGGGUUGAGAACCAGCAGAAACUUCUGUAUGGUUUAAAUCUGAGCCUAAUUAACUCUUGUGGUGACUAGAAUACCUCCAUUAUGUACAUAUAACAGAUUUUUAGGAUUUUGAUCAUGUCAGCACUUAUAAGUUUUACUUUUACAGCCAGAAGUGGCUGACCUGCUCCAGACUGCUGUAGCUUCACCUCUGAAAGUUACAGUUUGAACUCCUGACUGUCAGUGUAAGGCUUGGAGAACAGAUGACUCAAUGAUGCUGAACUGAUACUGAUGCUGAACAUGACCAUAGAUUUAGUCUGACAGUUUAGUUUAGUUUUGUGUUAGAAGCUUUAGAUGGUGUUUACUACAGCUUUCUCUUUAAAAGUAAAUGAUUUACCUAAUCUUCUUUUACAUAAAACACUUAAAAUGUG